AUGCGGGGGGGCGAGCAGGUGGACCGCGAGUUUGACGUUAGCAAGGCCCGGGUGUUGGAGCAACUGCAGCUGUGUCUUGACAACAGCAAGAAAGGUGCUCUGGAUGCACCGAUCGAGGCACUUUUGAACUUUAUCAAUGAGCUUGAUGACUAUGUCACGACGUCCUCUUGCUCCGGCCGCAUCGCGCUCUUUUGCGAGCAGCAGGAUGCUCGCAAGCGCACCGGGACAUGGCUCUUGGCUUCGCACGAUGUCGUGACGGUAGAAGCCGCAGCUGCGGCAUAUCAAGACGAGCGAAUUAGGGAUUCACAGGGUCCUGUCAUGUUCAAGUUUGAGCCAUUUGUGCUUCAUGUCCAAUGCCGCACCCUGGAGCGAGCUCGCGAUUUUCUCAAAACUGCCCUUGAUUGCGGGCUGCGCUUAUGGAUGGCUUCCUUGUGCAUGUGUGCGCCGUGCAUUAGCAACUCUGGUCUGGUGUUGGGCAAAAAGUUUAUGGUGGCCGUCCGCACCACCCUCAAGUUGGAGAGCCCGGUGGCAUACGAUGGACAGCGACUGGUCGAUGAGGCAUACAUUGCUUGCCUCGUACAGAUGGCCAAUGAUAUGUUUGCUGAGAACCUGCAAAGGAUUGCGCGAUUUGAAACUGGUGUGCGUGCAAUGGUGGCGCGACAGGCCGAGCAAGCCACACGGGCCCUUGAGCGUGAACACGCGCGCCAAGCUCGAAAGCAUUCGCAGAUGGCGGUUGCCCCAGCGGCCAAGCCAACAUCAACCCCAGCAGAAGCGGAAGAGCCCAUUCUCAGUUUAGAUUUUUGA